CAUCGCCAAUACAUUAUACGUACAUGGAAGCUCCAGUGGCGGUGCAUCAAGAGGUCGCCGGCCGGCGGCCGGAGUGGAAGAAGGGCGGCCUCAAGACUCUCCCUUGCAUCAUCGCUAAUGAAGUGCUGGAAAAGGUCGCGAGCUUCGGAUUGCAUGCGAACAUGAUCAUCUACCUGACGGUGACGUACCACAUGAAUCCGGCGCCGGCGGCGUCGGUGCUGUUGUUGUGGAGCGCCAUCUCUAACUUUUUGCCUAUUUUUGGGGCGUUUCUCGCCGAUUCAUGGCUCGGCAAAUUCAGAAUUAUCGCAAUUGGCUCCUUCUUCAGCCUGAUCGGGAUGGUGCUCCUUUGGCUGACCUCCAUGAUUCCCGGAGCUCAGCCUCCUGCCUGCGGAGCCGCCGGCGGCUGCAUCGGCGCCACCCCCUCUCAGCUCGCCCUCCUCCUCGGUGCGUUCGUGGUCAUGGCCAUUGGCACCGGCGGCGUCCGGCCCUGCUCCCUCGCCUUCGGCGCCGACCAGUUCGACCGGCCGCAAUCCCGCACGCACGCCGGCAACGUCCGCGUCCUGCAAACCUUCUUCAACUGGUACUACGUCUCCGUCGGCGUCUCCGUUGUCGUUUCCCUCACCGUCAUCGUGUACAUCCAGGACCACAUGGGCUGGCGCAUCGGUUUAGGCGUCCCCGUCGCUCUCAUGGCGGCCUCCACCCUCCUAUUCCUCCUUGGCUCCAUCAUGUACGUCAAGGUGAAGCCCAACACGAGCGUCCUCGCCGGCCUCGCGCAGGUCGCGGUGGUGGCGCUCAAGAACCGCCAAAUCAUCCUCCCCUCCAACUCCACCGAUGCAUGGUACCACAAAAAGAAAGGAUCCAAGCUCACGGUGCCGUCCAAGAACUUGAGAUUCUUGAACAAAGCUUGUGUCAUUCGAAACCCCGAGAAGGACCUCAACCCCGACGGCACGGCGGCGGACCCGUGGCGACUGUGCACGGUGGAGCAAGUGGAGGUGCUCAAGGCGGUGGUCAGGGUGCUGCCCAUCUGGUCCACUGGCAUCAUGGUGGCCAUCAUCAUCAACCCGAGCUUCCCGGUCCUGCAGGCAAGGACCAUGGACCGCCACAUGGGCCGACACUUCGAGGUCCCUGCCGCCUCUUUGGUCGUCUUCUCCGUCGUCACCCUCACACUCUGGGUCGCCGUCUACGACCGUCUCCUCGUGCCGCCGAUCGCGCGGCUCACCGGGAGGCCACGAGGCCUGGGGCUGAAACAAAGGAUCGGCAUCGGGCUCGUGCUGUCGAGCAUGGCCACCACCGUGAUGGCCAUCACCGAGCACAUCCGCCGGAGAACGGCCACCGAUCAGGGACUGGUCGACCGAGGAACAGUACACAUGUCGGCCAUGUGGCUGAUACCGCAGUACUGCCUGACGGGCUUGGCGGAGGCGUUCAACUUCAUCGGGCAAAUCGAGUUCUACUACUCGGAGUUCCCUCGCAGCAUGAGCAGCGUCAGCGUGUCGCUGCUGUCGCUGGGGUUUGGGACCGGGAGCCUGGCGGGCGCCGUGAUCGUGGCGGCGGUGAACAGGCUGUCGGAGGCGAACGGUGGCGUGAGUUGGCUGGACAAGAACCUGAACAAGGGGCGAUACGAUUACUACUACUGGAUGCUGACGGCGAUGUCGGUGGCCAAUGUGUUCUACUUCCUGGUUUGUAGCCAGAUCUAUGGGGAGGAAGGCAAGAACAAGAUUUGGGAGGAAGAUGACGAGACGGAGACGAAGGAGAUUAAAAUGGAAGAAGCGCAGCAGCAUCAGAACAAGGAGUCGUCGGCGAUUGCUUGAUUGCUUAAUCCAGAAGUGAGUUGACCAUCAGAUCUUCGAUAAAUCAUGAUAAUGUUGCAAUUAUUGAUCAAGAACACUUGAAUAUGUAUGCGAUUUCCCCCCUGUUUAUCCUCUUUUAAAUGCUGAAAUCGAUAAAUUCAGAGA